CUGACGUUAGCUGUGGCAGCCGAUGUGAUUCACAUGAACAUAGAGAUCUGCGAAAAGCCGAAUCUCCGCGCCGCUGUCCGGUCACGGAGGUGUCUCUGUUUUCCUGUCAAAGUCACUACAGCUAGUCCCGUUUAAUAUGGCGUUUUCAAAAAAAUGGAAAUAGCGUUCAGCCUCGUAUCGUUAACCGUCGCCAAGUUUUUACAGUUUUCUGGACUCGUCGACAACAGGAAUGUCCUGAAGACCAAAAAGAUGGAGGAGAAAGCGUUAGAAGUGUACGAUGUGAUUCGAUCAAUCCGGGACCCAGAGAAGCCCAACACCCUGGAGGAGCUGGAGGUGGUGACGGAGAAAUGUGUGGAGGUCCAGGAGCUCGGAGAGGACGAGUACCUUAUCAUUAUCAAGUUUUCUCCAACCGUCCCUCACUGCUCUCUGGCAACUCUGAUCGGCCUGUGCUUACAAGUGAAGCUGCAGAGAUGUUUGCCUUUUAAACACAAGUUGGAAAUUUACAUUUCAGAAGGAACCCACUCUACUGAGGAAGAUAUUAACAAACAGAUCAACGAUAAGGAGCGAGUGGCAGCCGCCAUGGAAAACCCGAACCUGAGAGAGAUCGUGGAGCAGUGUGUCACCGAACCCGACGACUGACGAGGAAGAACCGCCCGUCUGAAGCAAACGCCUUGGAGGUGUGUGUGUGUGUGUCUGUGUGUCUGUGUGUGUGUCUGUGUGUGUGUGUGUGUGUGCCUGUGCGUGUGUGUGUGUGUGUGUGUGUGUGUGUGUGUGCGUGCGUGCCUGUGAGUGCGUGCCUGCGUUUCCACGGCACCUGCGGAUAUUUUUCAGAGGACUCCCUGAGCGUCGGUCUGAUGGCAGAGGCUUAUGUCGGCUCUGGGGAGUUUGCGGGUGUUUGGGGUAAUUUUUUUAGGAAGAGUCUCCGGUAGUAAGUUUGAAUACCGAGCAGUGAAUAAAAGCCGGGUGGAAGCAGGCGUAAAGCGACAGAUGUGUGUUGACUUUCUCAUCAUUCCCUGCUGGAUGGCCUCGCACUGAGCAGCACCGGGUCUUUGUCGUUGUCUGCUGAGUUCUGCUAAAGGCAGCACCAGAUGCUGCAGAGGAAAUGGGCCAGAGUGCUACUUCCAUUUCCUCCUCCAUCCCACUGCUUUUCCUCCCUCAUUCCAACGGACUCUGGAAGGAGAGAUGGGUCUGUUGCUUUAUCUGUUGCAGAGGAAAACAGAAAGAAAGUCAUCGAGAUGUUUCACGUUUUCCUGUGGUUACUGUUUUUAGAAGUCUGGCCUUUUGUAAAUGCACUCAGGUGAAUCUCUCAGCCAGUUCGAGUCAGUCUUGAAUAGAAAUAUGAUUCUUUAGAUGUGAUUAUUUUGUAAAAAAAAAAAAAA